AUGGCACACUUGCAAAACCUUCAUGGCCACAGGCUGAGAACCAGCUGUAGGAGAACCUGCUGUAGGAGAACCAGCUGUAGGAGAACCUGCUGUGGGAGAACCUGCUGUAGGAGAACCUGCUGUAGGAGAACCAGCUGUAGGAGAACCAGCUGUAGGAGAACCAGCUGUAGAAGAACCAGCUGUAGGAGAACCUGCUGUAGGAGAACCUGCUGUAGGAGAACCAGCUGUAGGAGAACCAGCUGUAGAAGAACCAGCUGUAGGAGAACCUGCUGUAGGAGAACCUGCUGUAGGAGAACCAGCUGUAGGAGAACCUGCUGUAGGAGAACCAGCUGUAGGAGAACCAGCUGUAGGAGAACCUGCUGUAGGAGAACCUGCUGUAGGAGAACCAACUGUAAGAGAACCAGCUGUAGGAGAAGCAACUGUAGGAGAACCUGCUGUAGGAGAAGCAACUGUAGGAGAACCUGCUGUAGGAGAACCAGCUGUAGGAGAACCAGCUGUAGGAGAACCUGCUGUAGGAGAACCUGCUUCCAUCAGACCUCCAUCAGAGGAACAGACCGUCAGAGAGAACCAGAGAGAACCAGAGAACUACAGAACCAGAGAACCGCUGAGAGACAGUUCCACAUCUUGGGAAAUCUUUUCGACAACAACACGGAGAACUCCAGCCUCAAUUCAAAUAUGGCAAAGAAAAAGCUAUGUCGACUGACCACGGGAACUUUCCUGGAAACUUUCCUGCAGUUUGAGCAGGAACUGGACUUCAGCUUCUUGUUGCUGUUUCUCAGACAGCACUCCACUACAUACACUGAAGGCUCGAGUCAAGGUGAGUUCACCUGCUUCAUGAUGCCUGAACGCAGCUCGCCACACCUUAAAGCGAGACAGAGGACGAGUGCGUCUCAGCCUCAGUGGACAGGAUCUGAUAGAAGCUGUGGCGGUCUGUGGUCUGACUCCCAUCAGGCCCGUUGCCCUUCCUCUGUGGUUGUUGUUAUUUGGCGUCCUGCCUAA